AUGCAUCAGCUCUCUUAUGAUGAGGAGGAUUCGUUUCCAAUUGGGGCAAAAAUUGUUCGUAUGGACUUCUACGUGGAUGAUUUAAUCUCUGGUGGCGAGUCAAUUGAAGAGUGUUCUAAUGAUGGACGCGCCCUCGAAGGAGAGUCUGACUGCGAUAAGGAGAAGCUAAUUCAAUUUCACGACGGAUCAGCUGUUACCAAGGCGCUGGGAUUAGCCUGGGAUCCUUCUUCUGACCAACUUCUGUUCAACUUUUCUCAAUUAUCUGUAAAUCAUCGAGUCACCAAGCGUAUUGCACUUUCAACAAUAGCCAAAUUCUAUGAUCCGCUCGGUUUAAUAACACCGAUUGUCACAAAGGCCAAGAUCUUUUUGCAAUCCCUAUGGAAUGCUAACGUGGAUUGGGAUGACACAUUACCAGAGCCUAUUCUUUCGUCAUGGGGGGAGUUGACCUCUCAGUUAUCGAUCGUCCAAAACUUGAAAUUUUCACGAUUCGUAAUGCAACCUCAGUCUUCCAUCCAGUUGCAUGGAUUCUGCGAUGCUAGCAUAGCGGCUUAUGGAGCGUGUUUAUACUUGCGGUCGGAGGCCAAUGGAGAAGCAAAGGUCCACUUGCUCUGCGCCAAGUCGAGAGUGUCCCCUUUAAAGGCUUUGACAAUUCCAAGAUUGGAGUUGUCGGCAGCGCUUUUAUUGGCGGAGCUUAUCGUAAGCGUCAAGGAAACCAUCGAUUUCGAAUGCGACUUUUAUUGCUGGUCCGACUCGUCUAUCGUACUGGCGUGGAUUCGGCAGCCUCCGAGGGAUUUUAACGUAUUUGUAUCCAACAGAAUCGCGAAAAUUCAGGAGAUGACAAAAGGCAUGACUUGGCACCAUGUUCCAACAAGCUUAAAUCCGGCGGAUGUCGUAUCGCGAGGCUGUACCCCGAGAGAAUUGCUGGAGCACUCCCUGUGGGCUAACGGGCCUCCAUUCCUGCUGCAAAGCUCGUCAAAAUGGCCCUCUCUUCCAAAUGCAGUUAAGGAUCUUCCAGAACGUCGUUCCGCAGCGCUAGUUGGAACUGUUUGCACUGACAUUUCGAUCAACUGCAAAUUCCUUAACCCUUUUCAUAAGUUGCAGCGUGUAUUUGCGUACAUUUAUCGGUUCAUUUCGAAUUGCAGAGCAAAAUCUUCACCUUCAAGGAACCGUAUUACCGUUGAGGAGCUCAAUUCGGGGACCGUACUUCUUCUGAGGAGCAUCCAACAGGUUCACUUAGCCAAGGAGUAUGGAUGUCUUAGCCAGGGCAGGCCGUGUCCACAGAAGAGCAAGCUGAUUUCGCUGAGACCAAUAAUCGGCUCCGAUGGAUUACUUCGCGUUGGUGGAAGACUUCAGAAUGCAAAUCUGGACUACGAUACUCAGCAUCCGAUAUUGUUACCCAAGGAUCAUCCAGUUACAAAGGCAAUCAUCGUAUAUUUUCAUAUAAAAUACUUGCACGCAGGAUCGCAAGCGUUACUUGCCACAUUAAGGCAAAGGUAUUGGCCAAUUGGAGGACGAAAGUUCGUGGCUACCGUCAUCAACAAAUGCGUCAGAUGUUUUCGGAUGAAGCCUGUCACUUGGGAGCACGUUAUGGGCAGCCUGCCAGCCAAUCGAGUUCAGCCUAACCCAGCAUUUCAUACCACGGGAGUAGAUUAUUGUGGACCAUUUUAUCAUAAGGCAGAGGCCCGCAACAAGGCGCCUCACAAGUGUUACAUAGCCGUCUUUGUCUGCUUCUCUACGAAGGCCACGCAUUUGGAAGUCGUCCAGGAUCUCACAACGGAUUCUUUCAUCGCAGCGUUGAGAAGAUUCACCAGCCUGAGAGGCACUCCGCGCACUAUUUGGAGUGACAAUGCGACGAAUUUUGUCGGCGCUAAGAGCGAGCUAACCGAGCUGAAGAAUCUAUUUCUGAGCGAACCCCACACGGCUGCGAUAGCUUCCUCUUGCUUAGCUGAUGGGAUUGAUUGGAAGUUCAUACCUCCGCGUGCCCCACAUUUCGGUGGUUUAUUGGAGGCGGCUGUUAAAUCGGCCAAAUUUCAUUUUUAUAGAGUCGUCGGUGCUUCCAUCUUGGGCCUCGAUGAAUUGAGAACUCUCGCUUAUGAGAUUUCUGCCAUUCUUAACUCCCGUCCACUCUGUCCAAUUUCAGAAAACGCUGAAAGUCUUGACGUGUUAACGCCGGCCCAUUUCCUGAAAGGCUCCAGCUACACAAGGUUUCCUGAGCCUGAUAUCACGCAUCUCCGAGAAGGCCGCCUCAGCAGAUGGCAAAGGGUGACACAGAUGCAGCAGCAAUUCUGGAAGCGGUGGAGCAGCGAGUACUUAUCCUUGCUCCAAGAAAGGAGUAAGUGGCGCGUCGAAACAUCCAACAUCAAGGUCGGAAGCAUCGUGUUGCUGAAGGAGGACAAACUUCCACUCUUGAAAUGGCAGCUGGGGUGCAUCCAAGGAGUCGUUCCAGGCGAGGACGGUGUCGUCAGAGUAGCUAUGGUCCGUACAGCUACGGGUCUAGUCAAGAGAGCCGUCGCCAAGUUAGCCGUUCUGCCCAUCGAUUCCCAUUUAGUUGGAGCCCUACUUCCUCCAACGGGGGGAGACAUAAAAAGAAAUCAGAAAAGGAGCUACGGGAUCAACUGGCAAAACAGGAACAAGAGGCUAAAAUUUCAACAGGAACAAUUGGAUCUCGAGCAGCAAUUAUACUUGGCCCAAUUGGUCUCCGAUGCAGGCAGCCAAAUAUAUGACAACAAUCUGGAACAAUAUGACGACGACAACAAAGAUGUCCGUACGCGUGAGUGGGUCAAUGGAGCUCAACCACCAGCUUCCGAUGAUUUCAAAGACUUAAAUGAUUUAACUCCAGCCCAUUUGCUAAUUGGAACUGAGUUAACAUCGUCACCUCAGGCGUUGCUGCAUAACUCAUCGGAUCCUCCAGAAAAGGAAAUGCGGUAUCUGGACAGGUGGCAACGGGUGACCUACCUCAAACAAGAGAUUUGGUCACUUUGGCAUCGGUACUAUGUUCACAACCUUCAACAACGCACCCAGGCUGUCGGACAACUAGUCACCGUCCACGAGAACAAUAUCCAAGCGCAACAUUGCCUGUUAGCAAGAGUUGUGUCCGUAACUGAAGGACACGAUGGAAAGGUUCGCGAUGCCGAAAUCAAGACAGUCAAAGGACUUUUUAAGAGACCUGUUCAUAAGCUGGCGCGUCUUCCAGAAUAA